CCCCAACCAUAAACCUUGGGACCCUCUGAUGUAGUAAUGGCGGCGUUUUCCUGUUCACGUUAAGGAAAACACAAAAAUAAACUUACAUUUUCGGAGCACCAAGACAGUGUUUUAACCCGGUAAACACCCACGAAAAAAGCAGAUUAUUUUAUUUACUGUAAGCUGCACCUCACAAUUUCGUACAACGCUAUGUUUUAUUGCGCAUAUUUAAAUCGCCUCAGGUCACUAAAACUCACCCCAUGUUAAGAGUAGGGAUUACCUGUCCGGUUUUUCUUACAACCAUAGCUUUGGUGGGGAGAUUUCCGCACUGCCCCAUUUCUUCAUUAGCGGGCAUACAGUUCUUAGAUAAAAAAACAAUAGCGAAAACUAUCGAUUACCUUUGGGACUUCGGCCUUCUUUUAGAAUAUCAUGGGUCACACGGAAAUUUCCUAUUAUACUUACAGAUGUCAAUACUCACAUCAAAUACAGCUGAGGUCAUUCAGUUUGACCAAACCUCUGUCCGUUAGGUAAAUUAUAUCGCAACAGUUCGCAAUCUUCUCCGUCCUCUCGCGCGGACAGUUCGCGCGCUCUUGUACAGCUUGGUUACUAAGAUCGCGGGCUCAUUGUUUUUGUUGGAUUCCUCACAAAUUACUCGUAGAAUGGAACGUGAAGGACAGAGUUAGAUUUUGCUUUUCAUUUGUUCUGGUUUAACUUCAAAAGAGAAAAUUCAGCAUUUCAAGUGUUAAAUAUGGGUUGUACCGUAAGUGGCGUCAACAGGAACAAUUUUGAAAGAGCUCUUGUCAGAGGUGUUGCGAACAACGAAAGAGGACAGUUACUCAUAUGCGGUAGAGAAAAGAAAACUAACCUAAAGACGGAAAAAAGGAAAUAUUCGGGCAAAAUCGAAUUAUUCAGAACUACAGAUUUACCAAAGACCUUAACAACGAAGAAAAUUAUAGAAUCCCCCCAGAUGACAGCACUGUCCGAUUCAAUUUCGAACGAGAGAAAUACACGUGUUUAUUUGAGCACAGGUUUGAACAAAGAAGCCUUUCACAGACUAGAUGGAAAAUGGGAAGGCACCAAAACGGAGCAAAUUAUCCAAGAAGUUAACAGCAACCAUCAAUGCCACAGUUACAGCCUUGAGAUUUCAUGGCCAGAUAGAAUUAGUGAAAACCAGAGUGGAAAGACCAGUGAAGCUGGACUGGACCAGAAACUUAAACAAGACAGUUCCAAUAGCCCUUGUUUUAAAUUUUAUGUCUCUAUUUCAAACUCCAGCGAUGGUUCAACACAUCACAAUGGAGCCACACAAUCCAUCUUGGAGUUCCGCAGUUGCAUGCCAGAUGAUUUUCCUGGAGUGAAAAGUGGUCAAGUUGCUGUAGCUGUCCACGAAAGCUUCUUCAAUUGUAAGUAACUAUGAGAUGUAGCAUACAUGGGGUGAGGUGA